AUGGAUCACCUGUGAAUGGGGGUGCUACGGAGGACUUGGCAACUGGUGAUACUGAUCUGAAAGAGCAAUAUGUAGCAGGAAAGGAAGCCAGCUGGUUCCAGCAACAAAAAGAAGAGGCUGUAGUGCAGAUGACAAAGUACCCUGCCCCACAAGCACCGGGUGAUAUAGUCAUGAUACAGUCUGAAUACACGGGUGCAGUGGAUGUCCUUUCAGCAGAGCUGGAAACCACAGACUUGCUGGGUGAGCAGAAGAAAGCUCAGCCACCUCCUCUAAUUCCACCAACUACAUGGACAAGUGCCAAGAUAAGGGACUUCAAAACAAAGAUGGCAAAGGAGAAGAAUGCCCGCAUGGUAGUGAAACGGGGUGAAGUAGUGACUGUCCGGGUACCAACCCAUCCUGAUGGGAAGCGAGUAUGCUGGGAGUUUGCCACAGAAGAUUAUGAUAUUGGCUUUGGAGUCUAUUUUGAUUGGACUCCUGUUACAAGUACUGCCAUUACUGUACAAGUCAGUGAAUCAAGUGAUGAAGAUGAAGAUGAUGAAGAAGAGUUUGAAGGGCCUAUUCCUGUUGGUGAUGUGGAAAGGGGCUCCAAAAGCUAUUUGCGAAAUCGCUAUGGGGAGAUCAUGCCUGUCUACCGUCGAGAUAGUCAUCGGGAAGUACAAGUAGGCAGCCAUGAUUAUCCUGGGGAAGGCAUUUACUUGCUCAAAUUUGACAAUUCUUACUCCCUUCUGCGAAACAAGAUUCUCUUUUUCCACGUUUAUUAUACCAGUUAAAGAAGUUAGUGGUGCUGGAAGUUAGUGUGACCAAAGGCACCAAAAUAAGGAGAGCAAGUUGCCUGCCAAGACUGAAGUCUCUUAACGGGUACCACCUGAUGGCUGAAUCGGACACCCACCUCUAUGCUUAUGUGCAGAUGACCUCUUGCUGCUCUUCCUCACUGCUAUAGUGGUUCAGCUGAUCACUGGAAACUCUGCUUUGUUUUAGGCAGACAAG